CUUCAACACAAACCUAACAAGUCACUCCUGUUGCUCCUGUCUUGCUACAGUGAUUUUUAACAAAAUAAAAAAACAAUUUAAUAAUAUAAAUACGUAUAGAAAAAAUGAGUAUCUUAGCGUACAAUGGAGGCGCAAUAAUCGCAAUGAAGGGAAAAAAUUGCGUAGCGAUAGCCGCUGAUCGUAGAUUUGGUAUCCAAGCGCAGACGAUAACGUGCGAUUUUGAAAAAAUAUUUGAAAUGGGGCCACAUUUAUUUGUUGGAAUUCCUGGACUGGCAACUGACGUGCAAACAGUAAAAGAACGUUUGCGUUUCCGUUUAAAUUUAUAUGAACUUAAAGAGAACCGGCGCAUGCAUCCCAAGACAUUUGCGUCCGUAGUCUCUAAUUUGUUGUACGAAAAACGCUUUGGUUCGUAUUUCGUUGAGCCGAUUAUCGUUGGACUGGACCCGGAGACAUUCGAGCCAUACAUUUGUAAUAUGGAUUUGAUUGGUUGUCUCAAUGAGCCCGAGGAUUUCGUCGUCGGUGGAACUUGCGAGGAACAGUUGUACGGAAUGUGCGAAACUGUCUAUGAACCGGACCUUGAACCAGAGGAUUUAUUUGAAACCAUCAGCCAGGCUCUGGUAAACGCUUGCGAUCGUGAUGCUAUUUCUGGUUGGGGUGCUAUCGUUCAUAUUAUUGAAAAGGACAAGGUCACUACCCGAACAAUUAAAACUCGUAUGGAUUAAAUAAAAUUAAGGAUUGAAUUAAAGUAAAUGAUAAUUCAUGUCAACAAUUACGCAUUUUUUCAUAAAUAAAAAUUAUUAAAAUUA